ACCCUGCCAUGGUUCACUGGUUCUGGUGAUUUUCUGCAGCAUUUUUCUAAGUCUGAUUUCCGAGGUGUUACACUAACCGACUUUGUAUGGCAUGUGGAUUUAGAGUCAGAACCUGAUAUUUUUUGCUUGGAAGAAGAUGGGAAACCUGAAGAACGCGUUGAGUUAGCCUUGCAGUGUCUUCCAGAUUACAAUCCAGGCUGUAUUUGGAUUACUGAUCCAACCGCACCAUUUCGCUAUUGGAAGAUUCGUGAUUACGCAUAUGCUUACAAAUCUAAGCUUACAACUCCAUCUCAGGUAGCAGAGCACUUCAUCUCAGCUAUAGAAGAGUCUAACAACAAGAAUCCACUGGCACCGCUACUGAUUUCUUAUGAUCCUGAUGAAGUCAAAAGGCAAGCUGAUGCUUCCACACAGAGAUUUAAAGAAGGAAGUGAAUUAUCAAUCCUGGAUGGUAUCUUCAUAGCAGUUAAGGAUGACAUUGAUUGCUAUCCAUAUCCAUCAAAGGGUGGAACAACAUGGUUUCACGAGCUUCGUCAAGUGAAGAAUGAUGCUGUCUGUGUCUCAAGAUUACGAAACUGCGGUGCAGUUUUGGUCGGAAAGACAACUAUGCAUGAAUUGGCCCUGGGAACAACUGGAAAUAAUGCGAAUUUUGGGUUUUGUUUCUUUUCAAAGAAUGUAGGUAGGAUGAAAAAUAAGAAAGAGAGAGCCUUACAAUACAUUAUUAGAUAUAAUCUCUCUUAUUAUUUCAGGCGAAGGUUAAUGCAUUUCUACAUGGAGAUUUUCAAGAAGGUGGAUAUCAUUGUGACACCUACUACUGCCAUGACGGCGCCCAUAAUAUCACCAACUGCACUUACAGUUGGAGAGACCAAUAUGCGGGUUUCAGGAAGUCUUAUGCGGUUCGUAUUAGCAGGAAAUCUUCUGGGCUUUCCUGCAAUUUCUGUCCCUGUUGGCUAUGACAAGCAAGGACUUCCCAUAGGCAUGCAGCUCAUUGGGCGUCCAUGGUGUGAAGCAUCCAUUUUGCGCUUGGCAGCUGCCAUAGAGGAAACUUGUGCUGGGCCGAAGAAGAAGCCGGUGCAGUUUUAUGAUAUUUUGAAAGGGAACCUGAUGUGAAUUUUGGGAUUUGAGCUUAUGCAUUGGUGGCGCUUCUCAGAAGGCAUAAAACUGUAGAAGUGGUUCAUCUUCUGUAAUAUUGAAUUAUUGCUUUUGUUGCCAUGAAGUUUACCUAAUCUGUCUAAACUGGGGGGCCCUGAAUGAGUCAUUUGGAAAUGAGAUUAAUGUUCAAUAAAAAGCUGUCAAA